ACCGUUAUGCUACUCGGCCUGGGUGCCGAGAGUUAUUCAUUCAGUUAAAUAAAGGAGUUAAAACACUCGUAUUCCCUGCACUAUGACAAUCGUGUAUUCUACUUAACUUUUACUACAACUACAAUGCACUAAUAUUCUAUUAAAUUUUAAUUUAUUUAGUUACACAGUAAUUUACACUCUCACUUCUUUGAAAGUGCUUCCUAACUCUUGCUAAUACUAAUAAAUUACUAAUAUACUACCGGUACACUGUAACACACUCACACACUGUAAUACUAAUGACUAAUAGCCUAUAUACUACUAUACACAGUGGCGUAGCAAGGAUGGGGGGGAGGAGGGGGGGGGGGGGGGGGGGAGUGUGCGGACCGCACUGGGUGACACCAUCUCAGGGGGUGACACCAAAUUGAAAAAAUGCAUAUUUAUAGAGCACACACUACUCAGUGUAACAGAACUUCAUAAAAGUUAAAAGGAUCACAUGUAAAUUUUUCACACAUAUAACUUACUUUAUGUAACCAAACCAAAUGCAUGUUUUUUUAAAAGUUCAAUUUUGAGGAGUCCGAAACGAGGUGAACCUAUAAUUAUGUCAUAAUAACCUUUUUUUGACCAUGAUUCACUGCCGACUGAAGUUUUCAGUAACUUUCGUGACAGGAAGCUAUGAUAUAUAUACAUCCAAAUUCUGAGAAAUAAAGCUUUCCAUUGAUACCAAAUACGAUGUGGUUGGGCGAUUCUAAGUCCAUGAACUGAUGAGUGUAUUGAUCGCUUUAAUUCUGAACCCUAGAUCAGAUCAUCAGCGAUCAAGGAAGUAGCAUAUAUGUUUGGGGUGUUCAACCCAAGGGUCUACUAUCAGCAAGUGAAGAAGAGUUAUUGGUGUCUGUUCCGAAAUUAACUUCUUUCUAUGAUGAGUUAUCAAAAGAUAAACUUUUAAAAGAAAUACCAAGGCUUAGAAGACACCUGGAGGCAGCUGAUAUUGUUGAAUUUCACAACUUCAUGUACUAGUCAGUGUUUUAUGUUUUGAAAUUCAAAGCUGAAUGGGACUUCCUAGAAUCUCUUCCAAUACUCUCACUAAACCUUCAAUUGUUUCUUACAAUCUGUGUUUCAUGUGAGCGGAGUUUUUCAAAAGUAUGGCUUAUCAAGAACUUUUUACGAUCCACCAUGGGCAGUCAAGGAUUUCUAAUCUGGCUCUACUAUCAAUUAAAAGUGAUACAGUGGAGUAUAUUGAUUAUGAUCAAAUGAUUGUGCAACUUUGAAGACCAGGAAAGGAAAAUUUUAAAUAAAUUAAAUUUAAUGUAAAAUAGCUAUAACUUAACAUUGUUACAGUUCUUAAAUACAUUUGCCUCCUGAUCUUUAACUGAUUUGCUUUUGUUCUUGUCAUUGUUAUACUGUGAACAUAAUUUAAAAAGAAUGAAGCCAUCGUGAAAGUCGGAGGUGACACCAUGACUUUACCGCACCGGGUGACACCAACCCUAGCUACGCCACUGACAAUACACGUACAGAAAGUAAACCGCUCUUUUUACUCUAUCUACUGAACUCUGUGUAAAGUGAAAGUGGUUGGAGAUCAGAUAAAUUAUGAACCUCAUUCUGUUUAUUAAUUAUAAUAUUAAUUUAUAAAUUAAGGCAGACAAAGUCUUGACUGCUGCUCACUGCUAGGAUUACAUAAAAAUGUCAUUGCUAUGAUAAUCAGUACCAUACUUUUUUUUAAAAGCUAGGGUCAGUAAAAAAUUUAGUUUGUUUUUUUUAGGAAAUUUAGUUAUUUUAAUUUUUACAUUGUUGAAAUCGAAAUAGAAAAUUUAAUUAAUUAUUUUUAUAUUCAUACUAUUGAAUGUACUUACUCAGUGAAAACGCAUUCCAUUUUUAUUGUGCUAAAAUGUCUAAAUUGUGAUAUAUACCCAUUAAAGUCAUAAAAGUAAAAGUAUUAGUAUUAUUAAAAGUAUUAGUAUUAUCUAAUGAUGCCACUCUAUUUUGGUCAAUUUUUUACCCCUACACUAACAUAACUAAUCAUCAAUGAAAAUUAAAUACUUUCUUCUCAGAUGAUACUUCUGAAAUGUAAAAACUAAUCAAUGUUUACUCAACUUUGAUACUGCUUUCAUUGAAAUAAUUAAAUGCCAGUAGGCUUAUAUAUAUGAAAUAGAAUCACUGCAAUAUCAGAAUAUAAUAAUUACGUUCCACAGCGUUGUAUCUUGAAAAUUAUUGCUUAAUAAUUUAUUUCCCUAAAACAAUAUUUUAACAUUAGUAUCUGUUAGUUAUUUUUUUCAGUCUCUGUGUACUGUAGUAAUGCUUAAAUUCUUUUACCUGGUUACUACGCACCACAGAAUUAUGUGGGAUGCAUGUUGUGGUUUUGAACAACUUUACUUCCAUUUUCAACAGAGGCAGAGCCUUUCCAUUUCUCAAAAGACACUUUGAGGUCUACAUUUUUAUCAGAAGCUUUAAAAAAAAAUAUGUUUUUAAAUUUCAAUAUAUUUGUUGUUUCUUGUUUUGUCCUUCAUGUUGAAGAAGGCGUUUAGCCAAAACGACCUUGUCAUUUCUGGUCUUUUUUUUCCCCAAGGCUAAACAUAUUUUGUUACAAUAUUUAUUUAUUUUUUCUAUAUACCAAAAAAAAAAUAUUUUGGGAACUGCAUCGGCGCAUGUUAUUAUAGAUUAAAAAAUAAAAAGAAUAGGAUCUAUUCCUGCAAAGAGCACCAUGUUGCUUUGAACCAUGGGUUGCAGACCAGUGAUUUAAGGCUUAGUUAAGACCACUCUUUUAACUUUUAAGCGUUUUCUGCACGGAUUUCUUUUCUUUGGAAAGGGGAUGGUGGGGUAGACGGGAAUGGGGGUAGUUAGUAGUAAUAGUACUAUUUAAAGUCAUCAUAGGCCUAGCCAAUACAGAUACAGGUAUAUUAUUUUUGGUCUACCCAUAAUCACUAGUAACUAAAAUAGCCAUAAGCAUAGACAUUCAAUCUGCUUAAACCAGUGACGCACUGAUUGAACCUUUCAAAAGAAGCAAUAAAAAGAGCUUAACGAUAAUUGAAAUAGGGAUGACAUGGAGCCAUAGUUUUACUUUUUGUUAAUAUGUUAAUGGUACAUGGAAAAUCUUAACAUCAGUCUGUAACUAUAUUUCAGGACCUGCGAUUACCAAACCUAAGAUCAAAUCCAGAAAAUGACAUCAGCAUUUAGUUCCGGGGAUGACGUAAUAACAAGAAAAAUUCAAUGCACUCCAGAAACAACUUCGUCAGACAAUCUUUUCAAUGUUUAUGAAGUGGACAGAUGUCUAUCUUGGAUUGGCCAACAUUCCUUUAAGAUGGUGUGAUUUAAAAUCUUAAUGCAAAGUAGAAACUCACCCAGCGAAUGAGAAUUUUUUUUUUUUUGUGUGUGUUUGUGUGGCCUCCACCCCCUCCUUUUUUAAAAAACUAGUUGUAAUAUACAUCUUCAUCCAAUAUGGCUAGGAUAUUAAAAGUUGAGUGUGUUUAACUUCAUGAGUGCUAAUUGCAGUUUAAAAAAAAUAUCAAAAUGAAUGAAUGUAUUUUAUUGAUUAAUAGCAUCAGUAGUUCAGAUGACAGGUCUUAAAUGCUCCAAUGUUGAAAUAGAUAACAAUAGCUACUACUACUAUACAUUCUUUCUUUUUUGCCAAUGUUAUUUAUUACUUAGGGUAUGUAAUGCAGACAUUAACUUACACAAAAUUUUGUAUGAAAGCCAAUGAGCAAGGAUAAUCUCUGAAUCAGUUUUUAGUUCAUUUUAAAGGAUAUUAAAUAUUUAAUGAACCUAUUAGGAAAUACUGGAGUGUGAUUUUCUUCUGUGAACUGAUUUUUUUUUAAUGAACAAAAAUCUGGUUAACUGCUGUUGAAAGCUUGGUCACUCUUAGUUAUGCACUUAAGAGUUAACAUUAUAUGAAGAUUUAGCUUUUUAAACAUUUAAAGCAUCAUAUAAAAUUAAGCAUAAGGUUUUAUUAAUUAGAAAUUUCCAGGACUCAUGAAUUGCCCUUUAACAUGAAGUGGUGUUAAAUUUUUUGUUGAUCUUCAUCAAGUAUACUUGAGUCUUUUAACUGUAUUUUUAUAUGCAAUAUUUUGCAAUGUCUUUUUCAGAUUGCUCUUCAGUUUCCAGAUGAACUGUUGAUAGAUGCACCUAGAGUAGUUGCUCUUUUGCAAGGGGCACUGAAAGAUGUUUUAAUUUUUAUUUUAGGGGAUACUUCAUAUGGCAGGUAAUUCCAAUAUCAUGUGAUUUAUUUUUAAAAAAUUAUUGAACCGAGUUAUUUUGAUCUGUUUUUUGAUGCCUUAAAAAGGAAGCUUAUUUGAAAAUAACUAUUGAGAGAUUUUUAACAAUUAAUUCUAAAAUUACAUAUGAUCCUCCUCAAAAUUGUUUUAUGGGAAUUUUGAAAUUUUUUGGGCUGUUGAAAAAAAGCUACAAACCUAUUUUAAAUUAUAUUUUUACAGUUGCUGUGUUGAUGAGGUUGGUGCCCAGCAUUACAGAGCUGACUGUAUUAUUCACUAUGGCCAUGCGUGUUUGAGUCCCACUACACGGCUGCCUGUCUUAUAUGUGUUUGGACAAUCAGCUUUUGAUACAAAUGACUGUGUUAGUCAAAUCAAGGAUAUUUGCCCUGACAGCCUUUUGAAAGCUGUCUUAGUCUAUGACACAGUUUACUUUCAUGCCAUAGGUGGGAUAAAUAUUUUAAGAAAUGAUGUAACACCUAAAAAUGUAAAGAAAAACUAUUAAAUAAUUUUGAGCAAGGUUUUUUUUAUAGUAUACGAAUAGAUUUAAGGAAGAUUUUUGUUUUUCUUCUACAAAAAAAAUUUUUUACUUUUAUUAUUAGAUAUUAUACAUACUGCUUUGAUUUUUAAGAUUAAGAAUUUGAUAUAGUAAUAUUUAAGUAUUUCUCUUUCACAGAUAAAGUUUAUUCAAGACUUCAGGAAUAUUAUAAACAAUUGAUUGUGUCAAAGCUUGUGGAGUCUAGUCGUAGCAGUUCAUAUCCUUCUCACCAGAUUGGUGCUGGUACCAUUACAGCACAUGUGCCUCCUAGCCCAUUUUUACAUCCUGAUGGCUUCACCAACACUGACCCACUGGCUGCUAACCCCACCACAACAGUGAACAAAUGUGGUAGAAGUAUAGAACUGCCCAUGGACUCAUGCAUCGAUGACUACAGUUUUAUAUACAUUGGUAACACACAAAGCCCCGCCCUUAUCAACAUGAUGAUGACAUUUAACAAAUCACAGUUUUACACUUACAGCCCCAGUGACAGAGUUAGCGAAAAAGUGACGGUCAACAUGAACAAAGCCCUCAUGAAGAGAUAUUACUUGAUUGAAAGGGCUAAAGAUGCCAACAUUGUUGGUAUAGUGGCUGGGACGUUAGGUGUUGGCAGGUACAGAGAAAUGAUCGAGCACUUGAAAAGUUUGCUCAAGAAGGCCGGGAAGAAGAGCUACACUUUAGUGGUCGGGAAACUGAACCCAGCCAAACUGGCCAACUUUGCUGAAGUUGAUGUCUUUGUGCUGGUUUCUUGUCCAGAGAGCAGCAUAUUUGACCAAUCAGAGUUUUACCGGCCCAUUGUGAGCCCACUGGAGAUGGAGAUUGCCUGUAAUCAAGCUAGGGAAUGGACCAGUCAAUAUAGUUCAGACUUUACGGAAUUGCUUCCAGGUUAGUUUUGAUAGUGUUGACAAUUUAAAAAACAACAUUUUUUUCAAGGAUGAAAAUAAGUAACUUUUUUGGGUGAGCAUAAAACAUUUUGACUUUGUUGUAAAUUCUAAAUCUCAUUUUGGUUUCAGUGAAAAGUUUUUGAGUACUUUUCUUUACUGUGUCAUCACCUAAUUAAAAGAAAAAAUAUUUCUUAUGGCUGAAUUUUAUGUUUUUACAUACCGGUACUAUUUAAGGUCUACUUGACGAUGGUAAUGACAGUUAGGUUAAAAGAUUUUUUUUUUUGGAUUGAGCUAGCAACCUGCAGGAUGAGUGGCAAAAAUAAAAAGGUUCAAUUUUUAUACUUAAUUUGAAUCUCCUAGGUGUGUGGGGUGGGGGGAGGGGGGGAAAUUGAAUAUUUUUUAUAAAAAGAAAGUAAAAAAAAAAAAUAUAUAUAUAUAUAUAUAUAUAUAUAUUUAUAUAUAUAUUUAUAUAUAGAUAUAGAUAUAUAUAUUAUAUAUAUAUAUAUAUAUAUAUAAAAUUUUUUUUCUCUCAGAGUAUAUAUUAAAAAAAAAAAAAAAAAAUAAAAAAAAAAAAUAUAUAUAUAUAUAUAUAUAUAUAUAUUUAUAUAUAUAUUUAUAUAUAGAUAUAGAUAUAUAUAUUAUAUAUAUAUAUAUAUAUAUAUAUAAAAUUCUUAGUCUCUCAGAGGAUAGCUUAAAAAAAAAUCUUAUGUAGAUAAUAAAAAGCUGGCUAAUUUAGCCUUAAAGACACCCCCCCGCCUCUCCUUUUUCAGAGUGCAUUUAAAGCUUCUUUAUAAUUUUAUCACUAUGAUGCAACAAAAAUUUAUUCAGCAGUCAGUAAUUUUUAUGCAGGGGUCCAUUUAGCCCAGUGGUCGGCGAACUGGGUAAAUUACCCCAAGUGGGGUAAAAGUGAAAAUUUUUGGGGGUAAUGAGGGCUCAGUAGACGUAAAUUAAAUUAUAUUUGUGGUAUGUUUUUUUUAAUGAAAUAUUUUUUUGUGGCGAUAUUGCACCUGGUCUGUAUAAAUAAUAGCUUAAGGCGUUCAAUAACUUGUGACUCGGCAGCUGGCGCUCAAGUUAUUUUCGCCUAUUUUAUCUUAUGCCUUGUAGCUUCACUUGAAUUGGUUCCACUCAGUGUGGUUAUGUGGUUAUCUCAUGGUGUCACCCCAUCCAGACCUUCUCUGAGUCAGCCUCUCUUGUGGUACCUUACUCUUUUGUCAGGUGGUGCCCUGCAAUUGUAUUAUUUAUUUAUUUAUUUAGGCAUUUUUUUAUAUAUAUCGCUUACCUUAAAGCUCUAAGCGCUUUACAAUUAUUAAAAACAUGUAAACUAAAGUAUCAUCUCCCUGUGAGGAUGUCCCAGGUAUGGUCCACCCUCUGCCCACCCUUCUAGGGGCACUAAUGCUUUUGUUCAAAAUGUUAAGAGAUGCAAAGGUUUUCAAAAUAGUUUAUGAUGAGGGAGUCAAAAAGUUUCUGCCUUUUGCAUCAACCUACAUUUGUGAAUUUUCCACUGAAAGGAACAUAAAAAUAAAGAAUAGAAAUAAUUUAUUUAACCCCAAAUACAGUUUACAAAUUGUCUCUGAUUUAAAAAAAAAUCACCAAUUUUGAUUUCAUUGUAUAAAAAUAAAACAUUUCUAUAAAAUUUGAACUGCACAUUUGUUCAAAGAAAUCAUUUUGUUCCAUGAGGACAUUAUUUUUCUCAUUAUAAGAUUCUAUAUACCAUUUUGAAAUUAAAACGUCAGUUAUUUUCUUCCUUUCUAAUCAGGUUAAAAUAUUUGUGAAAGUAUAUAUUUUGGGGUAAUGGGGACACAAGUUUGCCGACCCCUGACUUAACCUCACCGUGGCUGAAAAUUACUUUAGAUUUUCCACCCAUAGAAAAUAGUUUAACUAAGGCUGCUCUCUUGUCUGGUACACUUUUUUCCUCAAACAUAAGCUACUUAUGAAAGCUUAAUACUUAUUAUGAAUUUUAAAAUAAAAAAUACCGUAGCAUUUUCAUUAAGUGUUGAUUUUUAUACCAUAAAAAACCACAAUAAUUUUAUCUUUUUCACCAGGUAGUUCUAUGUAUGUCCAGAGCCCUGAUCAGUGUGACACAGAUGACUGUAGGCCAGAUGUGUCCCUCAUAAGCAAUAGAAUCAGAACUCUAGGAGUAAAAGCUUCACCGGCUGUUAGUGAAAGUGCUUCCGAUUCCAAGGACCUUGUUUUACGUUCUGACAUGACGCUGGCAUCAGGAGCAGCUGAUGCAGGUUGGUCAAGUUAAAUUUAUUGGUCCUUAGAUCUUCUGAUAUUCUACUUUUGAAUGUCUUCAAAUUAUCUGGGUUUUGGUACCAUAAAUUCAGGUAUUCCACAGAUUUUAGAAUUCCAUCAAAUAUAAAUUUUCUCUGAGUUUAUAAUUAAAAGGGAUUACAUUUCCACAAUAAUAAUAUCAUUCGCUAAAGGAACAUACAAUUAUUUGUGUUGUUUCAAUAUAUAAUUCAAAUACCGGUACUAUAAUGUUUAUUUGUUUUUAAAGAAAUGUUCCAAAGUGAAUUAUGUUAACCCUUACAGUACCCAGCGCGUCUUUUUGCAGUGACCUAAUUUUUCCCUGUGACCCAAGUGCGUCUUUUUUCACCAGCCGAUCGUUUUCCCUGUGGCCCAAGCGGGUCUAUUUGCCACAUAAGAGGGGUAUCUAAUAAAAACACAGAAACGAGGAUAUAACCUUUCAUCACAGUCUCGGGCAGAAUGUUUAUUCUUUAGGGGAAUAGUCAAAUUUUAAUUUGACUUUUAAAUUAUGAAAAUCGACCAAUUACUGAGUUUUUUAUGCUGAUCUGUAUUUGUUGUUUCCAUGGCCCUCCCUAAUCGGUAUUGUUGAUGAUGACUUACGCCCACUUGAUGAAACCUUUUGUUCUGAAAUUAUUAUUGAGCUUUAAUUGGGAUUAGAAGUGGGUUUUUUUAACACUCUUAUCCAUUUCUGAACAGAUAAUUCUCUACAUGUUAUUAUCAAUUUUUUAAAACAAUAAAGUUACAAAAUAAAUUAACAAACCUAUCAAAUUUUGACUCAUUCCAAAAUAAUGUCUGGGCCACAGGGAAUAAUUAGCCAAUUAAUGGCCGGUACUGAGACAAUAAAACCAAAAAGUAGGUCAGUACCGUAAGGGUUAACUAUACCAAAAUAAGAAUUUAAAAAAAAAAAGUAAAAAAAAAAAUUGAAUUUGAUUUAUUGAGUUUGGGUGUGCAUGUUUUUUUUUUAAAAUGGGUGGUUGUCCCCAUUGAAAUAGUUUUAUUAAAGAAAAAUAUCGAGCAGCGGAUAGCAUUAAACAGCAACAUAAGUUAUUUUAAGUUACUUUACAGGCCCUAUGAUUUAGCAUUGAAGAAAAUAGAAACUAAUUCUUUUGUAUGCGCGUAUGUUGGAUUUACUGGAAGAUUUUAAGAAUAUUGUUGUGUAACAUUUAAUCUAUCAUGCGUUUGAACAUUUUCAGGGGCUGGAAAGCUGAACAAUUUUUUUUUACCUAACCCUAAUUAUAAUGUAUUUAAUUAAAUCCAUAAGCAUCUUUUGUUGAUUGUGCCAACAGGAGAGUACCUGUCUUCCAGAAGCUGGAAAGGUCUGGAACAAAAACUUGGUGAAACCCCUGUGGGUAGAGCAGUAGAAGGCCAAAGUGGCAUAGCAGCCAGUUAUCAGAAUGAAACCUCUCCAUCCUGACACAGCAAACUGACAUCAUUUUCUGGUUGCUUGCUCUUAACAUUUGCAAAGGUUUUAUGUUAUUAUUAUGUUGUUUUUGUUAAAAUGUAGGUCUAUACAUUUCUUGAACAUGAAAAAAAUUAAAAGCAUGAUUAUUUUAUAAAC